AUGGACGCCGAGGAGUACAAAGUUCGUGGUAAGGCGAUGGUGGACUACAUCGCCGCGUAUCUAACUGGGCUACGUGACCGGCCUGUGAAGCCAUCUGUACGGCCCGGCUAUCUGCGUCCCCUGCUGCCCCCUGGCCCCCCGCAGCAAGGAGAGCCCUGGGAGAGAAUCUUUGAGGAUGUGGAGCAGCUCAUCAUGCCUGGGAUUGUGCACUGGCAGAGCCCACACAUGCAUGGAUAUUUCCCGGCACUCAACUCGUACCCAUCGCUUCUUGGUGACAUGCUGGCGUCUGGAAUGAAUUGUGUCGGCUUCACAUGGGCAUCUAACCCGGCCUCCACGGAGCUGCAGAUAGUGAUGACGGACUGGCUGGUGGACAUGCUGUCCCUCCCUGACACCUUUCGACAUGAUCACCCAGACGGAUGUGGAGGUGGAGUCAUACAGAGCUCAGUGAGCGAAUCCACCAUGCUGGCCCUUCUGGCGGCACGGACACGCGCUCUUACACAGUUACGCGGCGAUGUGAGCCAGGACUUUGGCAAUGAUGCACUCCUCAACUCACGACUAGUGGGGUACACCUCAGACCAGGCUCACUCGUCGGUGCUGAAGGCGAGCCUCAUGUCGCUGGUGAGGGUGCGCUCACUGCCCACGGACUUGGAGUUCUCGCUGCGUGGGGAGACGCUCCGACGCGCCGUGGAUGAGGACAGAGCACAGGGCCUCGUCCCGUUCUUCGUGUGCGCAACCCUUGGCACAACAGGCGUGUGCGCCUUUGACAACAUGGCUGAACUGGGCCCAAUCUGCCGCCAGGAGGGGCUCUGGCUGCACGUGGACGCGGCGUACGCGGGCACUGCUUUCCUGUGUCCCGAGCUGCGUGACCCCCUGCGCGGGGUCGAGUUUGCCGACUCGUUCGUGGUCAACCCGGGCAAGUGGAUGAUGGUCAACCUGGACUGCGUCGUAUUUUGUAAGAGCCCGACUCACUGUGCCAGGGUGGCGGACAAGCGGAGUCUGCAGAGCACGUUCUGCGUGGAGCCGCACUACUUGCAGCACGAACACUCCGGUUCGGUCACAGACUUCAUGCACUGGCAGAUCCCGCUGACUGUGCGUUUCCGCUCGCUCAAGCUGUGGUUUGUGAUUCGCUCGUUCGGGCUGGACGGCCUGCAGGAGCACGUGCGCAGGACCAAUAAACUUGCAAGGUAUUUUGAAAGCCUCGUCAGGGAAGACCCCCACUUCGAAAUUCCAGCGAAGAGCAACUUGGGACUCGUUGUGUUUCGUCUCCAGGGCCCAAACGAACUGACAGAGACACUUCUCAGGCGACUCAAUCAGUCGCAGCAGCUGUUUGUGGCGCCAGCCAUGGCCGGGGACAAGUUCAUCAUCCGCUUCGCCAUCACAUCUCAGUUCACCACAGAGGCGGAUGUGCUACGGGACUGGCGGCUCGUGUUGCAGGCUGCUACAGACCUGCUGCAGGGCUCAGCAGCCAAGGACGACGCGAGCGGAAUGGAGAUCUGCAUUGUGGGCAGAGAGGAAGAGACUGCCCUUGACCACCACCAGAGUCAAGGGUGUCUAGAGGUCAUGGCACUGGCCAGGAGUUAAGAGCUCUCUCGUGCCAGAUGGUGGAAAUUUCCCUGAUAUUGACUAAAUAAUGUUGUAUUUACUUGAGGGCCGGAUUUAAAAAGUUUGAGAUUUUAUGAUCACCCCCCCCCCCCCGCCUUCUAGAAGUUUCUAGUUCUGCCUCCAUUGAUAUUUUCAACAUUUAAUGUGGAAGUGAUAUAAUACAAGUUGUGGGUACUGAAUGAUGGGGGCAUAUUGAUAUAUGUUCUUUCAUAAACAAUUUUAAUGUCAUUUUAUCUGAUACAUAGUUUUUUAAACUUGAAAUACAUGUUUGUCAUUGGGGAAAAAAGGUAAAGUGAUUUCGUUAUAAAAUAUUUUAUACCUAUCAUUGCCUGGACAUGCUUUAAAACCUCAUGCCCAUUGGUCUGUAUUCUAUGGGUCAGAGGAGAAAUUGGUACCACCUAUGGUGAAACGUCUUUAGUUAUUGAACAGUUAUAAUAUCUAAAUCUAUCAACUUUUAUUUACCAGGUCAAGCCCGAUUAGCUAUUUUUCAGAAGCGACCUGGUCACAAAUGAUAGCGCAACGAAGUGCUUAUCAUGUGAAAUUUUAUAGCAGCGAAAUAAAGAAACAAAUGUUUCUAAAGUGGAGGGGAAACCCGGAGGACCCGGAGAAAAAUACACACGACCACAGGGAGAGAGACAAGCAAACUCCAAAUAUACAGCAGGCGUCAGGGUUGGGAUCGAACCCACGACCACUUGCAUACCAAGCAAGGGAGAUAACAUUUCUCCACCGCGGUACUUUUCUCGCCACCUAGUUAUGGGAGAAGUGGAUUCAAGCCAUACAAUUUAAAUUCCGUUUGCACAUGAAGCCAACUGCUGAGGAGGCAUUACACAAAAUAUCUUGAAUAUCCACAAGCGCCAUGACCAUAAUCACCAACAGCACUACGAGAUUGCUCAGUUGUUACAGCCAUUUAACGAGCAACUGCUGAAUGAAAACCUCCCAAUUCCAUAUUGGUCACAGGGGUUGUUUGACCAUAAUUCAGCAUGAUGGGCAGUGCAGGUUAGAGAAUGGUGGAGGAUACCGCCCGCCACAAACGUGGCCGUGAUCAGGAAUUGAACUCGGAUCACCGAGAUCAUAGCAUAACACGCUGACCACAAUGGAGACUGCAACCUUCAAGAUGGCCAGCAAAUGGCAGUAUAGAUAUUUGUCAUUACAUAUUAUGUGUAGGUGUUCGCUCAUAACUCUGCUUUCGGAUGACACAAAAGACUAAAAAAACUGAGUUGGCUCGGUGGCUCAGGAAUUGAGCUGGAUUAAUAAAAAUCCCAACUGGUGUCAGAUAUCAGCCUCUUAUUAAAAUGAGGCAUUACUUCAGCACCAUGGUUCCUCCUAACUUUCUGACUGACCUGCCCCGACUGGACAUCUGUGAAAAAAGAGCUUCAUAGCACAUCGGAUUCCUCCAGGAUAAAUACAGAUUCUGAUUCUGAUC